AUGGCGACCGCAAGGCCUGAUACCCUUAAAGCGCAUUGGAAGUGCAUCGCAGCAUGUACCUUGGUUAGCAUGUGUCCGUUCCAAUAUGGAGUGGAUUUUGGUAUUAUUGGUGGUCUACAGGCGAUGCCUGGCUUUUUGGAUGUCUUUGGAGAAGAGGAUCCAAACUCGCCUAUCGGGUACAACAUUUCCCACACACGCCAGCAGCUGAUCUCAUCCCUUAUGAUCCUAGGCGCCUUCAUCAGCUCUUCCUUUGCCGGCCCCGUUGCGAGGUUCUGCGGCCGAAAGAUGUCCAUCUGGAUUGCGGCUCUGCUGUGCGUCGUGGCGAAUGUCAUCAUGAUGGCUACGACGAGCAUCGGAGCUCUAUAUUUCGCGCGUUUCUUGAUCGGCAUCGCCAACGGCAUGCUCAUGACCUUUUCACAGCUAUAUCUCCAGGAGUGUUCCCCUGCGAAAUUUCGAGGGCUCGUCAUUGCCCUUUUCCAGUCCUGGACGUCGAUCGGGACCUUGGUUGGUACCAUCAUCGACAACUUCACCGUCAAGCUGGAUGGCAAACAGCAAUACAUUGUCCCCCUGGGGAUUAUCUACAUUGUACCGGGGUUUUUGUCAGUCGGCAUGCUCUUUAUCCCCGAAAGCCCCCGAUGGUUCCUCCUCCAAGACAAGGCCGAGAAAGCCCGCAAGGCUCUCAAAUGGCUCCGACCCUAUCCCGAGACGGUCGACGACGAGAUCAAGGAGAUCCAAGAUGCCAUUGCGGCCGAGCGAGCCUUGGCCAAGAGCGCCGACAUCCUGGACAUGUUCCGCAACCCUGUCGACCGCAGACGCACCCUUCUAUCUGUGGGAGCUGUCUCCCUCCAGGCGGCUUCUGGUGCCAUGUAUAUGAUCUCGUACGGCACAUAUUUCUUUGAGAUGGCUCAUGUCGGCUCCGCCUUCGAAAACUCGUGCAUCCUGGUCGCGGUGGGCGUCGCUGCCAUCUUGAUCAACAGCGCCGUCAUCACGAAAUGGGGCCGGAGGCGAGUUUUCUUGACCAUCGGCAUGAUCCUUUGCGGCCUCACGCAGCUCAUUGUCGCCGUUGUGUACGACAAAAAGGGUCCAAGCACCUCGACUGGACGAGUCAUUGUCGGCGUCUCCGUCGUCUACAUUGUCGGCUACAACGGCAUGGUGGCAACCUACGCGUGGCUUUGUGGCGGCGAGUUUCCAUCGCAGCGUCUCCGAAGCUACACGUUUGGUCUGGCGGCGUCGAUCGGCUUUCUGGGAGCCUGGCUCGCCACCUUUACCGCUCCAUAUUUCAUCAACCCGGAUUCGUUGAACUGGGGACCCAAGUAUGGCUACAUCUGGACCCCGUCGUGUUGGAUCGGGGCGUUGUGGACCUUCUUCUACCUCCCCGAGGUGCAGAAUCGGACUUUUGAGGAAAUCGACGAAAUGUUCGAAGCACGUCUGCCCGCUCGCAAGUUCCGCACGUACAAGUGUGUGGGAUCAGUCGCCGCCGUAGCCAUGGCUGCAAAGGAGGACGGAAGCAGUGCUAGCGAAAAGGAUCACGGUGAAGUCAGGCACGAAGAGGUCAUUUUCAGCAACGAGAAGGUUGCGACUGAGACUGCGGUUGCCAUCGGUUGA